UCUCCACUAGAAUUUUGGAUCUGAAGAUUGAAACCCUUGUUUAUUUUAUCUUUGGUAUGGCUUCUGAAACCAAGUUAUGGUUAGUGGCUGUUUUCCUUUUGAGCGCAAUGACCAUGCAACAACAUUGCGUUGUUGCUGGUAAUCCCCAAGUACCUGGUUUGUUCAUAUUUGGAGACUCUCUGUCAGAUUGUGGAAAUAACAACAAUCUAAAGACUGAUGCUAAAGCUAAUUAUCCUCCUUAUGGUAUUGAUUUCCCAAACGGCCCCACUGGAAGGUUUACCAACGGCCGUACUGCUGUUGACGUACUCACUGAGAUUUUGGGAUUCGACGGAUAUAUUCCCCCCUUUGCAAAUACGUCUGUUUCAGACAUAAUGAAAGGCGUGAAUUACGCAUCAGCUGCAUCAGGGAUUCUCAACGAGACAGGCACGCAUUGGGGUGAGCAUUUUUCGUUGAAAAUGCAGGUGGAAAACCACAAAGCCAUAGUUUCCAAGAUCACCAUGAAACUUAGGAAUUCUGACAAAGCGAAAGAACACCUAAACAAGUGCUUAUAUUAUGUUAGUAUAGGCAGCAAUGAUUACAUAAACAACUACUUCCUGCCAGAGCAUUACAAUUCAAGUCAAACUUUUUCAACUGACCAGUUUGCCAAGGCCCUUGUCAAAGAAUAUUCAAGGAAUUUAAUGGAGUUGCGUUCACUUGGAGCAAGGAAGUUUGCCUUGAUUGGAUUACUCCCCAUAGGAUGCAUUCCAGGAGAAAUUUCUGCACGUGGAAAACCUGGAUCACUAUGUGUAAAAGAGGAAAAUGAUGCAGUAGUCACUUUCAAUGACGAGCUUAAAUCAUUAGUUGAUCGUUUCAAUAAAGAAUUCCCUGAUUCUAAAUUUAUUUUUAUUGACACUGUUAAAGCGAUAUUAACUGGAACGACUAAAAACGUCCAAGAUGUUAAGGCAGGGCUUGUUGAUGUUGUUUCAUGCUGCAAAGUUGGGUCGAAUGGGCUGUGUAUCCCAAAUGAGAAGCCAUGCAAGAACAGAAAUGUAAGGCCAUUUUUUGAUUCAUAUCAUCCAAGUGAUUUCGCCAACGAAGCCAAUACAGCAAUUGCUUAUAACGAUGUAAGUACCAAAGCUGCCUACCCAAUGGAUAUCAGCCACCUUGUCAAGUUAUAAAGAAAAAGUCUUGGAAACUUAGAGCUCAAUAAAAUUUAGACUUAGUUUGAUUUUUAAUUCUGUCAUUAGUAUACACACUGCCAUAUUUAUGUCAUCUUCAUUUCUCUGUAAUUUCAUUUAUAAUGAAGUUACAACGUGGUCACCACCAUUGUACACCAAGAACUUAAUUAGUAUAAUGCAUGGCAUUUUUAUUUUUCUUUA